AUGACAAGAGUAAACAGCGUGGUAAGGAGAAGUCAGGAGCCACGAAAGAAGGGCCCGACAAAGACCGGGGCCGAGAGAAGAACCGCACACGGCGCAGUGCCUCCACUGGAAGCAGCAGGUCCAGCUCGAGCUCCAGCAGGCUCGGGCUCGUCCGGUGGCCCCAGCCCCUCUGCCCCCAGCCGCUCGGGUUCGUCCAGCUCCCGCUCUUCUUCCUCUUCUUCCUCUUCCUCCUCACCUAGCCCCAACCGUCAGCGCCACAACAACAGACGACGCUCACGAUCUAAGUCAAAGUCAGCAAAGAAGGAUGACAGGGACCGACGACGGAGGAGCCCCACACCCAAACCCACCAAGCUUUACCUGGGCCGGCUGACCAGAAACGUUAUUAAGGAACACAUCCAGGAGAUCUUCUCCACUUAUGGAAAGAUCAAGAUGAUUGAAAUGCCCAUGAACCGCCUCUACCCUCACCUGUCCAAGGGCUAUGCCUACGUGGAGUACGAGACGCCUGAGGAGGCUGAGAAGGCCCUGAAACACAUGGAUGGAGGUCAGAUUGAUGGUCAGGAGAUCACAGUCACAGCAUUGCUGACGCCUACUGUGCGCCCUCCGCCUCGCAGGCUGUCCCCUCCCCGCAGGAUGCCUCCUCCACCCCCCAUGUGGCGACGCACUCCACCUCGAAUGAGGAGAAGGCAAGUAUCAUGGGGAUGA